GGCUGCAGACCUAGUCGACUUUGCGAAGUGGCAACGGGUUCUUCUCUAGCUGCAUCUGCACCGCACGCGUUUGACAGUACCUCGGUCCACGCGUUUAUUACGUAACAGGAACGCAAGGGCAAACUUUUGGUGACAUUUUUACGCACAGAUUCCCAGUUUGCACGAGUAGACGACCAUUGCGUUGUUCUCUUACUACUUCAACCGCGCGAUAUUCAGCAAAAGAAAAAAGAAAAACCCAAAGCGCCACGAUGCAAGUUUAUAUAGCUGUGGCAUUCGCUUACGGAGUGUGGGCACUCAAUAUGACAGAGGAGAGGAGGACUUGCCCACUAGGAUAUUUCCCCUGUGGGAACCUGACCUUUUGUCUCCCUCAGCUCAUGCACUGCAACGGUAUCGAUGACUGUGGAAAUCAAGCAGAUGAGGAGAACUGUGGAGAUAAUAAUGGAUGGCCCCAUCUUUUUGACAAGUAUUUUGGAAUGCCGAGUCAUAACGCCAGGACCAAGUCCAAUGUAUGCUUGCUUGGUGUGGUUCCUGAGCUCUGCCUGUGCCGGGACCUGGAGCUCGACUGUGACGGGGCUCAUCUUCAAGAUAUCCCAGUGGUAGCAAUGAAUGUCACUAUGAUGUCCCUACAAAGGAAUGGGCUUCAGAAACUUAGAGCGAACAUAUUCUUUAAGUACCAGAGCCUGCAGAAACUAUAUCUCCAGCACAACAAGAUUCAAGAUGUGAGUCCUGAUGCAUUUAGAGGGCUGUAUAACCUGACAAGACUAUAUCUGAGCAACAACAGGAUAUCGGUUUUAAUGCCUUGGGUGUUCAGGGAUCUGCACAAACUGGAGUGGUUGAUUCUUGAAAAUAACAACAUCCAUCAAAUAUCCCCCACGACCUUUUCAGGACUGAACUCCCUUGUUCUAUUGGUUUUGUUGAACAACUCUUUGACAAAGCUGGAUGACAUCUGUCGAGAAAUGCCCAGAUUAAAUUGGUUGGACCUGGAAGGAAAUCUCAUUGAAGUGAUUGGCAAUGCCUCAUUCAGCUCAUGCACCAUGCUGACAGUUCUGGUUCUGCAGCGAAAUAGGAUCAGCUACGUACAUGAACAGGCUUUCUCAGUCCUGCAAAAGCUUGGAGAAUUGGAUCUAUCCAGAAACAGACUGGCAGGAAUCCCUCCGAAUCUCUUUGUCUUACUUGAGGAUUUGCUCCAGCUAAAUAUAUCGUACAAUCCCAUCAUGGAGCUGCAAGUUGACCACUUUGAUAAGUUACAUAAGUUAAAAUCAUUGAGCAUAGAAGGAAUAGAAAUUGGAAACAUUCAGCGAAGGAUGUUUGAACCACUCAAAUACUUGACUCAUAUCUACUUCAAGAAAUUCCAGUACUGUGGCUAUGCUCCUCAUGUGCGUAGUUGUAAGCCCAACACUGAUGGAAUCUCAUCCUUUGAGAACCUACUGGCCAAUAUUGUGCUGAGGGUCUUCGUCUGGGUUGUGUCUGCUACCACCUGCUUCGGCAAUAUCUUCGUCAUCUGCAUGCGGUCGUACAUUCGCUCAGAGAACAAACUACAUGCCAUGUGCAUCAUCUCCCUCUGCUGUGCAGAUGGGUUGAUGGGCAUCUACCUCUUCAUGAUCGGUGCAUAUGACCUAAAGUUUCGAGGCGAGUACAACCGGCAUGCCCAGGCGUGGAUGGAUAGCAGCCAGUGUCAGGUCAUUGGCUCUUUGGCCAUGCUGUCCACUGAAGUAUCUGUCCUGCUCCUCACAUAUCUAACGCUGGAGAAAUACAUCUGCAUAGUCUACCCUUUCCAGUACUUGACUCCUGGCUGGCGACGAACUGUCACCAUCCUUCUUGGGAUAUGGGUGUUUGGUUUUAUUAUUGCCUUCCUCCCAUUAGUUUGCAAGGGGCUGUUUCGCAACUUUUACGGGACCAAUGGUGUCUGCUUUCCACUGCACUCUGAACAACCAGAGACUCUAUGGGCUCACGUUUACUCCGUCGUUAUUUUCCUGGGUCUUAACCUGGUGGCAUUCCUCAUCAUUGUCCUCUCCUAUGCAAGUAUGUUUUAUAACAUCCAGAGAACAGGCACUCAGACCACUAAAUAUAGCAACCACAUCAAAAAAGAGGUGACCAUUGCCAAAAGAUUCUUCUCUAUCGUCAUUACUGACUCCCUCUGCUGGAUCCCCAUUUUCAUCCUCAAGAUCCUCUCGCUGCUGCAGGUGGAAAUUCCCGGUACCAUCAGCUCCUGGGUGGUCAUAUUUAUUCUCCCCAUCAACAGCGCACUUAACCCCAUCCUUUACACACUAACAACACGGCCUUUCAAAGAGACUAUUGUGCAGGUGUGGGCUAACUACAGGCAGAGGAGGCCCCUCCUUAGCAGACACCCAGCUCAUCAUCCAUCGCUCACUUGGCAGGAAAUGUGGCCCCUGCAGGAAAACAGCCAUAGUGUCAGCGUGGGGCAGGAAUUUGAAGCAAAUGGCACAAAGCCCAAGCUCACGCCUGUGGAAAAUACUAAUGAGGGGUACAAUGACAUUAAAGCAUCAACCAGAAAGCAGGAAACACAACAUACAGUGCUGUCAGUAUGUUCUAAGACUGAAACACCACCACAUACACACAUUCACACAGGCACACAAACAAAUUAACUUAUGUAACUGUCUAAUGGUAGAGGUACAUGUACAUGUUUGUAUUGUCAACAAAACCUCACCUCAGUAAACUCAAUUUCAUUUAAGUUCGUUCAUCUCAGCAGUUCAUAUUUACCCUCAGUUUAGUCACUUGUUAGUGUCUACAUUCUUUGCAGUUUAAAAGGAUUAGUUCUGGUAUUUUUUUUUUUUUUUUAUUUUUUGUCUUUUUCCCUCAAAAUGUAACAGUGCAUGUGUGCAUGACCAGCAACGGUAACAGCCAUCACAGCAGAUAGGGGGACAUACUUCAUAAAAUAAUUUCUUAAAUUAAGAAAACAUGCUCCCUAUGAAUCCUGUUAAAGCCAGGCAAGUAAAAUCUGGGGAACAGAAUCUGUUAUCAGUGACAAAAAGCUAAUAAUGAUAAUAACAAUGGAUUAAUAUGCAAACUGAAUGAUUCCCAUCAAUGACUUGACUGAAGCUCUUUUCAAUGGGUGAGACACAUUGAAUAUUCCAUAGGAUUAAAAAGAGUAUAAACAUUUAGGAUAUUAAUAGAUAGGGCAAUGAAGGGCCUCAUAAUUAUGACCUAGUGGCAGAGGCUGGAAAAACAAGGGGGUGAUUGGUACAGUUAGACAGGCAUAAAUCUUAGAUAAUAGUAUUUGACUGAUUCUUAUAUAGCACUUUUCUACUCUCCCAGAGUACUCAAAGCACUCUAUACAACAUGACACAUUCAACCAAUCUACAAGCACUUUCUCUAAACUGAGUGCUUUCUAACUACAUUCACACUCCGACAGAUGCAUUGGAGAGCAACUUGGGCAAUUGAUACUUGGCAUGCAGACUGGAAGAGCCAGGGAUUGAACCACCAACCUUCCAAUCAAUAGGCGACCUGCUCUACCCACUGAGCUACCGCCACCCAUUUGAAUUUGACUUUAUUUUUAUUAUUUAAUUUGAUUAAAUUAUGUGACAUAUUCGUAACAUCCCAAACAAGGGUAGUUGAGAGAAUCAGGAAAUGCACAGGAUGACAUUAAGGAAAAGAAUGGGCUUGGGAUUUCAGCCGCU